UACUUAGCCCAGUGAGGGCUGUGAUUGGCUCUUCGUCAGCGUUUCAGCACUGUAGCUGUAUAAAACCCCAACUGUGGGAGGCUUCGCUAAGACAGAGCGUACUGCCGACUUACUGAAAGGACUACCAGUCAUAAUAUUACAACCUUUUCCUCUGCGCUCAAAACCACUGCAAAUAAUUCUCCUUAAUUUGGAUUUAGCAAAGAGGCAACAUGUGUAAGGGAUUAGCAACACUGCCUGCAACCUGUAUGAAAAGUGCCAAAGACAUCAAGCACAAGAUUGGAUUUCUGCUCCAUAAGCCUGAGUUUCCACCAGACAAGGAACAGAUAAAAGAGAAGACCAACAUUGCCAAGAGAGCUUCACCUGCUGAUGUGGAGAAAUGGAAACUGUCCUUCAACAACCUGAUGAAUAGUGAAGCUGGCCGUACGGUGUUCACUACCUUCCUGAUGGCAGAGUUCAGCCAGGAGAACAUGGAGUUCUGGAAAGCUUGUGAGAAAUACAAAAUGUCAGCCCCCAAAAAUAUGGCAGGUAAAGCCAAACAGAUCUAUGACCAGUACAUCGCGGCAGAUGCUCUUAACGAGGUGAACUUGGACUCAGCAACGCGAGAGGAGACCAGACAGAACCUAUCUAAUGCCGGCCCAUCCUGUUUCGACAACGCCCAGCAGAAGAUCUUCACUUUGAUGGAGAAAGAUUCAUACAGAAGGUUCCUCUGUUCCAAACUGAUCCAGGAUCUGUCCCCGUUGCCCACCACCACCCAACUCAGUGCUCUGGAGAAAAGGGGAGGGAUGAGAGGCUGUUCUGAGAACGGUGGUGCAUAGACAGAGAUGGAGAGAGAGAAACAUUGACAAUUAAAGCACUCUGUCAUGAGGGAAAGAGUAGGUAGUCUUGAAGAGAAAACAUUGUUAUGAGUAGGUGGAUUUAGAUUUUUUCUGUCCGUUGUUCAAGAGAACUAUUUCAACACGUAUCACAAAUAGCUUAUCUUUCAGACUAGGGUAUGCUUGGAGAGGGAGAGAAGAAAACGAUCAGAGAUGUGGUUUUCAGGACGAAAUAUCAUCCUCUUUCUCCUGAUUUUCAUUGUUUUGUGAGGGUCUACUUUCUUUCCAUGUAAUAUCUUCCUGAGCUCUAACAAGAGUCAAAUGAUUCAAACAGGCAUUUAGGUAUUUCACUCUGGUCAGCUCCCUGUAUCCCCUCUGUCUGGCUUUCAUCAAGUGCUCAAAGCUAAGUCAUGCAUGUACGCCAAUAAUGCUUUCCGGCUUGAAAAUGCACUUCCUCAAACUGAGUGUUAAAUUAGAUUAUCGUUUCUGAAUGGAGAUAACUAUGUCUGGAUUGGUGUUAAAAGCUCCUUUCACCUGACUGAUAUUUUUGUUUUUCUAUCAUUGCUUUACCUUAGGCUAGUUUGUGCACUGCUGAGGUGUAGCUCACUUGUCCUCUGUUAACCUGCCCGAUGAAGUCAUGACCAGGUGAUGUUUUGAUUCACAACACAGGGAAAAACAAUGAGGAACUACCUCUCUAUCCAUCCCUAUCCCACUUUCUGGGUGACCUGAACAUUGAUUGGUUAGCAGCUAGCUGUCUUCUCAAGAGGAAGCUUGUGACUGUGCCUGUAAUAUGACUCAGGUUGUCACUAAACCAACUAGAGUGCAUACUAAUAGUGUUGGAUCUGUGACAUCCCCUUGUAUUGAUCAUAUCUUCACUAAUGCUGCAGAUCUUUGCUCCAAGGCAAUACUAGUUUCCAAUAGCUGUAGUGACCAUAACAUUGUGGCAAUAACAAGGAAAGCCAAAGGUUGGGCCUAAAGUAAUGUAUUAAUGAUUGAUUCCAAUUGUUGACAAGCAUGCAUGCACCAGUUAAGAAACGAACUGUUAGAGCCCGAUUGAUUGAUGAUGAAUUGAAAAAUUGUUAUGGUUCAAAUAAAUAAUGCAGAAGAGGUGGCAAACAAGUCAGGCUGCUCAGCUGAUUGGUUGACAUACUGUAAACUUAACAAAAAGAAGAAGAAAUUAUAAUACCAAAAAAAGAUAAGUAACAUAAAACACAAUGGAAAAUACUUUGGAGUACUUUAAAUGAUGUCAUGGGCAGAUAUUGCCAGUCAUUUCACUAGUAAAGUGAAAUGACAACAAUUAACAGUGAAACACCAUAUUUUUGUAUAAAAUAUCUAAUAAUGAAAGAGACGGAUUGCUGUUUUGAAUGGUCAAUUUAGUGUGGGAGAGGUGGAAAAACUAUGGUUAUCAAUCAGUAAUCAAAAAACCACUGGGUAUAGACAACCUUGAUGGGAAACUAUUGAGAAUGGUAGCAGACUGUAUUGCCACUGCUAUUUGCUACAGUGCCUUUAGAAAAUAUUCACACCCCUUGACAUUUUACACAUUUUGUUGUGUUAUAACAUUUAGAUUUUUUGUCACUGACCUACACACAAUACUCCAUAAUGUCAAAGUGGAAUUAUGUUUUUCAACAAAAAAAAUCGAAUUAAUUAAAAAUGAAAAUCUGAAAUGUCUUGAGUCAGUAAGUAUUCAACCCCUUUGUUAUGGCAAGCCUAAAUAAGUUCAGGAGUAAAAAUGUGCUUAACAAGUCAUAUAAUAAGUUGCAUGGACUCACUCUGUGUGCAGUAAUAGUGUUUAACAUCAUUUUGUUAAGACUACCUAAUCUCUGUACUCCACACAUAUACAAUUAUCUGUAAGGUCCCUCAGUCGAGCAGUGAAUUUUAAACACAGAUUCAACCACAAAAACCAGGGAGUUUGUCCAAUGCAUCGCAAAGAAAGGCUCCUAUUUGUAAAAAAAAAAACAGACAUUAAAUAUCCGUUUGAG